ACAUAUAUAAAAGAUGGCUGAAAAACGAGUAGGAAAUAUAUCAAAUGGACAAAGAAAAAUUCUUAUUGAAUUUCUGAAUAAUCAUCCGGAAUUAGUGUCGGCAAAAUUUACAUCAACAUUUUCAUAUAAAGAUGCUCAAAAACUAUGGUGUGAAAUUACUAAUAUAUUAAAUGCCCUUCCUGGAGCUAAAAAGACUUGGGAGCAAUGGCGAAAGACUUGGCAUGACAUGAAAAACAAAGUAAAAGGAAAGAAAGCAGAUAUCAAUCGAAGUUUAAAAAAAACUGGAGGAGGUCCACCAUCAGAAAUAAACAUGACAAUGAUAGACAACGAUGUAGCUAAUUUGAUUGGACCUACUACUAUAUACGGUGAUGCUAGAGUUGACGAAUCUAUUGCUGAAUUUGUAAAUAUCUGA